ACCGACUCGGCUGCCACCGGUUGACAGACUCGUCUUUUAUUUUUUCCCCCUUGUACCUCAACCGCCAGGGACUUGUACCCUUUUCGCUCUUCAGGAAUUUAGCAUUGCGAUCACGAAGACAAUCACACCACCACUUCGACACGACAACUACGACAUCCAUAUUCGUACAAAAACAGCGAAAACGAAAAGGGAUCAAACACACAUACUCAUUCACUCACUCCUGCCACUAAAAUUUAGAUAACCACAUAUUUCUACCCACCACCAAAGUCUGUUUUUGCAUUCUAUACACGCCUUCAGUACUCUGUACAGCACGACAACAGACGCGACUUGUCCCAAGAUACUACCUACCAGGCGGGGUACUUCGUUUUGCCGCAACAGGUACUUGCACAAAAUACGGAUACCUAAGGUAGGUAUCAUACCUUAGGUACGGAUACUUAGGUACCCUUUCCCUCCAACGGACUUGACUCCACACUUCACCGCCCUGCCGCCCACCGGAACAACAUAGCCCCCGUAACGCCGACCGAUCGCCCCACACGGAGCUCCUCGGUGGACCGUGCUCCCACAGCAUCCGACCCCACUCCGUCUCGCCUGGGUCCCCCCCGGUUGGCGCUGCCCUGCCGUGCUUUGCCUCGCCUUCCGUUUGCGACGUGCGUCGGUUCUUCGGUCCAGACCUGCACCAGACCUGGACCUCAGGGCGCCUCGCCUCUCCACCCCAUUAGAAGUUCCCCGAGCUCCAAAACCUCCUCCGCCCCCAAAAACAAAAACGCCCCCAAGCCGACUCUCGACCUUCAACCACACCCAAAGCCGCAUCGCAUCAUAGGUAUCGCAUCGCAUCGCAUCGCAUCAAGUUCAACUUAACUCAAUUCAGCUCCACUCAACGCAGCUCAACCCCAACCGCUCCAACGCACGCGGCUCAUACCAGCAGUUACAAUAACAAGACGGCACGAGGUUCAUACUGCCAUCUUCAUUGCUAUUUCUACCGUUUCCUGCUAUCCCAGCCCUUCCGCCCGGCGUGCAUCACGUCACCACAGAGUCAAUCGCGCUGAGGAGGACCACCUGCGGAUAAAACGCCUCCCCGUCUCGCUCCCCAAGCAUUCCGUCUGCUCCUGUCGCUUCGGGGCAAUGGGAUUGGCCACCGCACCGGCACCUUCUCUGAUCGUUUCUGGGGGAGUCUCACUAGACUUUUAGACUGUCCCUCCAGUAGUAAGUAGCCUGCCGUCAUCAUGGGCAAGCUACUCUCACUCGGCCCGAGGCUGCAUUACCCGAUUACCAUCACGAAGCUACUCAAGAGCCCCGGCGAAGCCAUCAAGAAUCAGGAGAGCAUCCUGGAAUACUCGUACAAGUCAAUGCGCGAGUUUGGCGAUCCCAUCGCCGGCGACACUUGGCAAGAGGAGGUGACGACCAUUGCUGGCUGGGAUAGCCCUGCCGAAGGCACCCUCAAGGAAUGGCGUCUCAAGGAGGGCACGACCAUCACGCGCGACGCGCCCUGCAUGAUGGUUGACGAGGCCUGCUCCCACGAGGUCCAGUUCCAGGGCUUGUGCGCUAUCUGCGGCAAGGACAUGACCGAGGUCAACUGGGCCAGCGACCAACGCGAUACCCAGCGCGCCACCAUCAACAUGACCCACGACCAGACCGGCCUCAUGGUCAGCGGCGACCUGGCAGCGCGCGCCGAGCACGAAACCCAGAAGCGUCUCCUGCGCCAGCGCAAGCUGAGCCUUGUCGUCGAUCUCGACCAGACCAUCAUACACGCCUGCAUCGAGCCCACCGUCGGCGAGUGGAUGGAGGACCCGUCGAAUCCCAACUACGAGGCUGUCAAGGAUGUCAAGAAGUUCCAGCUCAACGACGAGGGCCCCAGGGGAAUGGUCACCUCGGGGUGCUGGUACUACAUCAAGAUGCGACCCGGCCUUGCCGAGUUCCUUGAAAGGGUGGCCGAGCUGUACGAGCUCCACGUCUACACCAUGGGAACCCGCGCGUACGCGCUCAACAUCGCCAAGAUCGUCGACCCCCAGCAGAAGCUGUUUGGCAACCGCGUCAUCAGCCGCGACGAGAACGGCAGCAUGAUCUCCAAGAGCCUCCAGCGCCUGUUCCCUGUCAACACCAACAUGGUCGUCAUCAUCGACGACAGGGCCGACGUCUGGCCGAGCAACCGACCCAACCUCAUCAAGGUUGUGCCGUACGACUUCUUCAAGGGCAUCGGCGACAUCAACUCGAGCUUCCUCCCCAAACGACAAGACAUCCUUCCCGCGCCAUCCGACUCGGAAUCGAAGCCCGCGCCGGAAGCCCCCAGUGAAGCACCCAAAUCCGCCGAGGCCAAGUCGGAGGAGACACAGCAGAACGGCAAGGUGUCGGCCCUGGACGAGCUCGUCAAGAUGAGCAGCGGCGACGACAAGGUGCUGCAGGCGGCGCAGACUGGCGAGCAGGAGAAGCUGCUGGAGCAACAGAUCAAGGAGAGGCCCCUGCUCCACAUGCAGGAGGAGCUGGACAAGCAAGACGAGCAAAAGGAAAAGGAAACCCUGGACACCGAAGACGGCCCGCACAUCAUGACCGUACAACACCGAUCUCAGGUUCUCCGCGACAAUGACACGGAGCUGACCUACCUGCAACAACAUCUUACCGAGCUACACCAGAAGUUCUACGAGGAGUACGACGAGAAGCGCGCCUCUGCGCCUGCUCAAUCCGCUCCGCGCAGAAGACCCGCCGACGAGAACAUCGACCUUGACGCGGUUCCGGACGUUGGUUUUGUCCUCGACACGAUGAAGGCCUCAACCCUCCAAGGCACCACCAUCGUGCUGUCUGGCCUCGUCCCUCUCGGCGUGGACGUGCUGCAGUCCGAAAUCGGCAUCCAGGCCAUGAGUUUCGGAGCCCAAAUAUCCACCCGAGUGUCAAAGAACGUAACGCACCUCGUCAUAUCGACGUCGCGACCGCGGACGCAAAAGGUCAGACAGGCGGCCAAAAUCCCAAGCAUCAAGAUUGUUAGCCAGAACUGGCUGUCGGAUUGCUUAAGCAAAUGGGAGCACGUCGACGAGACACCUUAUCUGGUUGAGGUACACCCGGCAGACCGACGUUACCACGCCGCCGCCGCCGCCGCCGCCUCCGAGACGACAGAUGCCGACACGGUGUCGGAUGUCGAUGGCGAUGAUCUGUCGAGGCCGCACCUGACCAUUAUUGACGAGACGGGCGAGCAUCGUAUCCUCGAAGAAGACGACGACGCGUCGGAUGAAGACGACGGCGACCAGGACGGGGAUGACGAUAACCUGAUGCCUGAUUUCGAGGAUGGCCAGACCAGCCCGAUAGACGACCUGAAGACGUUCGACUGGGAGGGUGUCGACGACGAGAUGAAGGAGUUUCUCGGAAGCGACGAUGGCAUUUCGGACACGGACUCGGAGAGCCGCAGCGGAGACACGGAAGCUGGUGAUGAGCCGCCGUCGUCGUCUCAAGAAUCGGUCACGGGUGGCGGAACCAAGAGGAAGGCCAUGGACGACGACACGGCUUCCGACGAAGGCGGAAGUGCGCUCUCGAAGAAGCAACGCGUGGCCAAGAGCCGUGGCGCCUCCAAGCUCAGCUCCGUCAGGACGCCCAACGCCGAAGACCACGAAUCGAGCAGCCUGCCCACCCCGCAAAUCACGGGCGAUGAGGAGGACAUCUCUCGCGCACGCGACGACGGUGCGGUGGUGGACGGGGGCGAUGACUUUGACGAGGACGAUCUCGAGGCCGACCUCGAGGCGGAGCUGGCGGCUGCGGGAGAAAACUAAUGAUGAAGUUCCUCCGGAGCCGAAAGUGUUUGUCGGGUCAAGUCAGGCCAAGAUACAUAUAACACGAACCAGGUCGAAAAGCGGGAGAGUCCUCGCAGGCGGUUCGCGGUAGUAGAAAAGUUGGUUGGCUAUGGUUUGUUCGGUUUUAUACCCAGCCUUUCCGUUGGCGAAGCAUGGCAUGGAGUUGAGAUGUGCACAUACUUUUGUAGGAUUGAUUCAUGCGCAGGACGGUCGGUUAUUUGGGAUGGCGAAAAGAGAACAAGAUGCCGGGUUGGGCGCACGGCCGAUCUGGGCACUAUGGUAUUUAUUUACUCGAGGCAGUUCAACAUGCGUUCUGUCCCAC